AUGCCCCACACUGUCUCCCCCUCUGAGACUCCCGCCAUGCCGACCAUCGUCGCAAAGGGCCCCUCCGGCGUGCCCCCCACCUCCGAGGAGAUUUCCUCCCUCCUCGACACUAUCUUCACAUCCGACUCAUCCCAGAAGUCUCUUGAUGGCGCAUAUGCCUUGACCAACCUGCUCAUGCAGGGUGCUGGCUGUGCAGGCCUGCUGAACUACAAUGUUCUCGCCAAUGUCCGCAAGGCUGCCUCUGAUAAGAAGAAUGGCGCCAAGCGCGAGAGUGCCAUGCUCAUUAUUGGUGCUUUGUUCGAGCGCUUCCCUCGAGAGUUCCCUCUCAGUGAAGCCGUUUUCCUCUUGCACGACGGAGGCAUCUUUGACAUUGCUCUGGAUGCCCUCUCUGACAAGGGUGCCGUCGUGCGUGAUGCUGCCCAGUACGCCAUCGAUGCGCUCUUCGGUUGUCUCAGCCCCGAGGCCAUGGUCAACGGUCUGAUCCCCGCUCUCGAGCGCUACCUGGCCAAGGGCUCUGGCAAGUGGCAAGGCUUUGUCGGCGCCUACUCACUUAUUGAAAAGAUGGCGGUCAAGGCACAGUUGGGCAAGGGUAGCAAGGACGAGGAGCGCCAGAAGGACUUGCUGCGCGAUGCGAUGGGCAAGACCCUGAAGGAGCUCAUCCCCAUCGUUGAGUCCGGCAUGCACGACCUGAAGAGCGAAGUGACCAAGCAGUCUUGCAAGACCAUGACUGCCCUCACCACCCUCCUGUCCAACGACGACGUUGCCCCCCGCAUCCCUCUUCUGAUGAAGACUAUGGAGAACCCCUCUGCGCAGACUCUCCAGAAGGCGAUCCAUGCUUUGUCGCAGACCACCUUCGUCGCCAUUGUCACAUCCCCCGUGUUGGCCAUGCUCACCCCUCUGCUCGCCCGAUCCCUCAAUACCCCGGCUACUCCCCAGGAAACCCUUCGCCAGACUGUCGUCGUUGUGGAGAAUUUGACCAAGCUGGUCCACGAUCCCGCCGAGGCCCGUACAUUCCUCCCCAGGCUCCAGCCUGGUGUGAAGUCGGUCAAGGAGACUGCCUCCCUGCCCGAGGUUCGUGAGCUCGCCACACGCGCUCUCGACGUCAUCGAGACUGCCAUGGGAGACAGUCACCUUGCCUCUGGUUCCAUCUCCAAGACUACCCCCGAGGAUGUCUUGGCCGUGCUGAAUGCAAAGAUUCAGGAGCACGGUGGUCUGGGUGGCUUUGGUGACUCUAAGCUGCAGGAUUUGGCCAAGAACUUCAUUGCCAGUAUGGUCCGCGAAGAUAUCAACUGCCGCAUGCACGACCGUAUCCCCGGCCGCAUUGACCCAUACCUCCGCGGUCUGCUUGCGGAUGGCAACACAGAGGCCGUUGCCACUGCUGUCAUGACCCACUACAUUGCAGAGGAUGAGAUCAAGUUCGGCAAGCCCGUCCCUGAAGACCCGAAUGAUAUUGAGAUCGUCAACGCCGACUUCUCUCUUGCUUACGGAGGUAUGCUCCUGCUCUCCCACACCAACCUGCGUCUCCUCAAGGGCCACCGUUACGGUCUCUGCGGUCGCAACGGUGCCGGCAAGUCUACCCUGAUGCGCAGUAUCGCCAACGAGAAGCUGGAAGGCUUCCCUCCCCAGGAUGAGGUGCGCACUUGCUUCGUGGAGCACAACCAGGGUGAAGACGCCAACCUGACCAUCCUUGAGUAUGUUGCCAAGGAUCCCAAGAUUGUCUCUCAGGGUAUGGAACACAUUUGCGAGGUUCUCCUCGAGUUCGGCUUCACCGAUGGCCCCGAGGGCCGCCAGUCCCAGCCCGUGGGCUCGCUGUCCGGUGGUUGGAAGAUGAAGCUGGCUUUGGCCCGUGCUAUGCUCCAGAAGGCUGAUGUUCUCCUGCUGGACGAACCUACUAACCACUUGGAUGUGGCAAACGUCAAGUGGCUGCAGGAGUACCUGCGGUCGCACACUGAGAUCACCAGUCUGAUUGUCAGUCACGACUCUGGUUUCCUCGAUGAAGUCUGCACGGAUAUCUACCACUACGAGGGCAAGAAGCUCGUCUGCUACAAGGGUAACCUUGCCGAAUUCGUCAAGCAGAAGCCCGAGGGCAAGAGUUAUUACACUCUGUCCGCAUCCAAUGUGCAGUUCAAGUUCCCCCCCCCGGUAUCUUGUCUGGCAUCAAGUCCAUGA